AUGUCCAGUUCAUCUGCUUUCGCUUCCUUCCUUGAUUCAUCCUCUGAUUCUCGAGACAAAGAGCUCGUAAUUCGGCAGGUUACACCCGAUAUCGUAACUUUCUCCGUACCGUUUACGCGAGCUGGAUUAGUUCCGAUCGGAGGGCGAAGCACUGCAGUCCGAAUUCCUCGAUCAUCUAAGCCUUCAUUCGCGGAUGGUGGUAUACAGCCAGCUCCUCAAGCACCCCAACCAGGUGGAUCCACUGGAUCAGAGGUAUUGGUAUACGCUUCAACUCCACUCACUCUUGCGACUAUUCAGACUCUCAAAGCUUUGGGAGAAGUCAAGUGGAUCGUCACCCCUGACGGAGAACAUGGAAUGUAUAUUGAGGAUUAUGUGAAGCACUAUCCCGAAGCAAAACCUAUCGGUGUAGAAAUAUACAAGGAGAAGAAACCCAGCAUCGCAUGGGCUGGUCUCUUCGGAGCUACAGAAGAUGGACAAUCCAAGACAUAUGGCUUUGAACCGGAAAUCUCUCUUCAUCAAGUCUCUGCUCAUAUGAACGACGAACUGACCGCCAUUCAUCACCCGUCUGGAACCCUUAUUCAAGCAGAUAUGCUGUUCAAUCUUCCUCCGACCGAACAAUAUUCUCGCAAAGGCGGUUUACCUACUUUGUUCAAGUUGACAGGCUCAGGAUCGUCCAUGAGUCCAGGAGGUAAAAUGCAUGACCUUAUGGCAAGCACCAUCGCUAAGGACAAAGAAUUAUUGAAGAAACAGCUCCAGCCAAUUGCAGCCGCAAAAUGGGAUCGAAUCAUCCCUUGUCACGGCGAUGUCAUCGAAACCGGAGGAAAAGUAGCGUGGGAUAAAGUCUGGGGCAAAUACGUGCAAUAA